AUUAUAUUUAGUGUAUUUACUAUAAUCAGAGUUGAAUAGGGGUAUCGCUGAUGAUCAUGGAAAAAAUUUAGCCAAAAAUACGCUCUACGAGUUGCCUUUAGCGGUCAAACGGCCGAACCACACACACGCACAUUUUUUGUUUUGGUGAUUUUGGCGGUAGAAACAUGCGCGAGGAACAGAGCGCACAUGUGAGGAAGAAACGUAUACACGGAGGAAUGUGCGUUCGUAGUUUCGUACUAAUUGUAUCAAACAUAUGUAAUAUACUAACUUAUAUUUAGAAUGGUUAAUCAUUUUAUUUUGCUAUUUGGACUAUACUUUUAGUUAUCAGAUAUUAAUAGCUUUAUAAGAAGGAAGAUAUAAAUAAGAAUCAUAGAACUUUAAGUGCUGUUAUAACACGAAAAAUUAUAGUUUUUGUAAAAAUGUCACAUAUUUAAAAUAUUAUUGAAAAUGGCUAAACGAAAAAGUUUAAACAAACGUCGGUCUAGAUACAGUUCUGCUAUAUUAAAUUCCGAUACGGAUAUUUUUGGUGAUGAAUAUCCAUACUGGUGGAAAAGGUUGGAAGACACCUCGUUAGCGCAACUAUCAACUGACUCGAAAAUUUUAAAUGAAACUAGUCGUCAUUUAGAUUCUAAUUCACAAAUAGAAACAAGCCAGGUUACAGGUGAAUGGUGGAAAAUAUUAGAUGCUUCAAGUAUUCCAAAUUCUCCCAAAAUAAACAAAGAUAUCGUAAAAAAAAAUUCAGCUAACAAUGCACUGAUGUCAGAAUCUGAAGAAGAACUUGAAAUUGCAAAAAGCAAACAUCAUUUGCGUUCAAAGACGAGAAAAAGCAAGGAUAAUAUUUUUUUGAACGUUUUAAAGGAUUCUGUAACAACCAAGUCAGACGUUAAAACGGAAAAUAAUAACGUAAUAACGUCAGAAUCCGAGGAAGAACCGGAAAUUGCAAAAAAAAGAUAUCAUCUGCUUUCAAAAGCGAAACAAAGCAAAGAUAAUAUUUUUUUGAACGUUUUAGACGAUUCUAUGACAACUACGUCAGAAGUUACACAGAAAAAUAAUAAUGUAGUAACGUCGGAAUCUGAAGGAGAACCUGAAAUUGUAAAAAGGAAAUUUCCCUUGCGUUCUAAGGCAGUAGAAAGCAAACAUAAUGUUUCCUCGAAUAUUUUAAACGAUUUUAUAAUAACUAAGUCAGAUGUUAAAAAGAAAAAUAAUAAUGUAGUCACGUCAGAAUCCGAGGAAGGAUCUAAAAUUGCAAAAAAGAAAAAUCGUUUGCAUUUAAGGGAAAAAAGAAGCAAAGGUAAUGUUUUCUUGCAUGUCUUAAAUGAUUCUAUGACAACUAGGUCAGAAGUUAUGAAGAGAAAUAGUAAUAUAGUAACGUCGGCAUCUGAAGAAGAGCCUGAAAUUGCAAAAAGCAAACACCAUUUGCGUUCAAAGGCAAGAGAAAGUAAAGAUAAUAUUUUUUUGAACGUUUUAAACGAUUCUGCAACAACGAAGUCAGACGUUAAAAACAAAAGUAAUGAUAUAAUAAUGUCGGAAUCCGAUGAAGAACCGAAAAUUGCAAAAAAGAGAUAUCCUCUGCAUUCAAAGGAAAAACAAAACAGAGAUAAUAUUUUUUUGAAUUUUUUGGACGAUUCCAUGACAACUACGUCAGAAGUUACACAGAAAAAUAAUAAUGUAGUAACAUCGGAAUCUGAAGGAGAACCUGAAAUUGCAAAAAGGAAAUUUCCGUUGCGUUCUAAGGCAAUAGAAAGCAAAGAUAAUAUUUUUUCAAAUCUAUUAAACGAUUCUGUAAGAAGUAAGUCAGGAACUAUACAUGAGACUAAUAAUGUACCAAUUUUGGAAUCCGAAGAAUCGAAAAAUGCAAAAGUAAACUAUUCUUUGCGUUCUUUGGCCACAAAAAGCAAAGAUAAUAUUGCCUCGAAUAUAUUAAACGAUUCUGUAACAACUACGUCAGGAAUUGCACAAAAGACUAGCAAUACACUAACGUUGGAAUCCGAAGAACCUAAAAGUGCAAAAGGAAAACAUCUUUCGCGUUCUAAGGUAACAGAAAGUAAAGAUAAUAUUGCUUCGAAUAUAUUAAACGACUCUGUAACAACUACGUCAGGAAUUGCACAGAAGACUAACAAUACACUAACGUUGGAAUCCGAAGAACCUAAAAGUGUAAAAGGAAAACAUCUUUCGCGUUCUAAGGUAACAGAAAGCAAAGAUAAUAUUGCUUCGGAUAUAUUAAACGACUCUGUAACAACUACGUCAGGAAUUGCACAGAAGACUAGCAAUACACUAACGUUGGAAUCCGAAGAACGUAAAAGUGCAAAAGGAAAACAUCUUUCGCGUUCUAAGGUAACAGAAAGCAAAGAUAAUAUUGCUUCGAAUAUAUUAAACGACUCUGUAACAACUACGUUAGGAAUUGCACAGAAGACUAACAAUAUACUAACGUUGGAAUCCGAAGAACCUAAAAGUGCAAAAAGAAAACAUCUUUCGCGUUCUAAAGUAACAGAAAGCAAAGAUAAUAUUUUUUCAAAUGUUUUAGACGAUUCUGCGACAGCUAAGUUAGAAGUUAUGCAGAAAACUGGUGAAAAAAGUUCUAAGAGUAAUUCUGCAUCAAAUAGUGGAACAGUUGCUAACGUCGAACAAUUAAAUAAAAUACAAGGAUAUAGUUUGAAUCACAGUCAAAAGACUGAUGAUAUUUUAAAAUCAAAGUCUAAUAUUUCAAAGAAUAAAAAUAAUGAAUUACAAAUGACGACAAACUACUUAGUUCCUGCAAUAACCGAAACAUCAGUUUCCAGCGAAACAGAGUCGAAUCGGUUCGUAUUGAAUUUUGAGGAUGAUUCUAUACAUUUUGCGAUACCAAAAGCACAGAGUACAAUACUCGAAGGUAAUAAUUUGUCUAUACAUAAUAGCACUAAGGAAAGCGAUAACAGUGACGCAUGCCGUAAAACAUUAAAGUGGAAAUCAAAGUUGUUAACAAAUCAUAAUAAGAAUGCGAAGAAGAAUUUAUUUGAAACUGUACUUGAAGAUCAAGAAAGUACUAUUAAAAUAGGAGGAAAUGCAACAGCCGAUGGAAUAGCAGAACAUUCACUGAAAUCAUCAAAGGUGUCUGAAGCACUACAUCUUUCUCGAUUGUCGUCUUCUCCUACCAAAAAAGCAAUUUCGUCUCCUUCGCGACAUUCAACGAUGGUCAAAACGUGUACAAAUGCACGUAGCGACGAGCCAAAAGGCCAGACAAGCAUCAGGCACUUUCUGAUGUCGGAUAAAACAUUGCCGACGUCGCAAAAGUUUUGGGAUAAAGAGAAAGUAGAUGGAAUAAAACGAAAAUUAGAGAGGGUGAAGGAACGAGAAAUAGCUCGUAUGAAAAUGGAUAGGAACAAGCAAGAAGUUCAAAAGAAGUUGCCUUCGCGGGAAGAAAAAAUAAAGGAAAUUGAAAAAAAGACAAAGUCGACAUCGCAGAAGCAACGUCCUAUUAAACAAGUCCAUAAGGCUUUUUUGGUGAACGGGCGAGCGUACAGGGCCCCUCGGCUUCCCCGUCCUCAACACUGGAUUACCGAUCGUCUUUAUAAAUAUUUGUGGAAGUGUAUGGAACCGAGAUACAAGUUGGAAACUAGAGUGGUUUCUGAAAAAUUUAUACAUCAGUUGUCGAGUGUAACAACGUUGAUCGCCAAACGUAAAUCAUACUCGAAUUAUAAAGCUGAAUUGUACGCGUUAAUGAAAGAAAUGGCACGGCUCGAUAUUAUUCGUACUCGAAACGAUUUUUACAAUUUUUGUCAUGAUUUCUUUCCCUAUGAGCUUCGCGUUAAAACAGUGCCAAUGUUAUUACCUGGAAACAAGAGAAAUAUACCAUACGACGCGGACAAACUGCACAAACCUCUUUUAGUCCCUUGAACCUUUGUUGUACAUGACAUCGACACUGUUACAUUUAACGCGACUCAUACCACCCAAUAUAAAUAAAUAUAUUUUCGUUAUGUUCAAAGGAA